CACAGCUGAUCAUAUGUAAACAGGGAAAUGCCGGUAGGGGAGAGCCAGUAAUCGGCAUUCCUCGGAGGGGACAUGUACACAGAUCAUAAGAGCACUGAUGAUCAGUCAGUGCCACAUUUCAGUGCCCAUCAGUGCCACAUCAAUGCCACAUAUCAGUGCCCAUCUGAGCUGCCUUUCAGUGCCACCUAUCAAUGCCAGUCAGUGCCACCUAUCAAUGCCAGUCAGUGCCACCUAUCAGUGCCAGUCAGUGCAGCCUAUCAGUGUUCAUCAGUACCGCCUAUCAGUGCCCGUCAGUGCUGCCUAACAGUGCCAGUUAGUGCUGCCUAUCAGUGCCAUAUAUGAGUGCUGCCUUUCAGUGCCCAUCAGUGAUGCCUGUCAAUGCCCAUCAGUGCCACCUACCAGUGCCUCCUCAUCAGUGCAGCCUAUCAGUGCCCAUCACUGCAGCCUCAUUAGUGCACAUCAGUG